CAGACUUCAGUUCCCACAAUGCCUGACGCAAAAGCCUACUUUUGGCCUGGGUAACCGAGAGGUGGUCGCCAUCUUGCGUACGGAGGUGCCGUUUGUUUCCGCGAUUCUGAGAGCUGGGGUUUUAGUUCUUCCAGACCUCGGCUUUAGGGCUGUGCCUCCGCUUUUCUUUCACCUUCACAGAGGUUCGUGGCUUCACAAGAAGAAGGUUUUAUUGGGAGGUAAAGGUCAAUGCGUAGGGGUAGAGUAAGAUGUCUUGUGGUGAAAUUGAAGGUAAAUUCUUGAGACCUAGAGAAGAAGUAACGAGUGAACCACGCUGUAAAAAAUUGAAGUCAACUACAGAGGCAUAUGUUUUUCACAAUCAUAGUAAUGCCGAUUUUCACAGAAUCCAAGAGAAAACUGGAAAUGAUUGGGUCCCUGUGACCGUCGUUGAUGUCAGAGGACAAAGUUAUUUGCAGGAGAACAAAACUGAAACUACAGAUUUACAUAGACCUUUACAUGAUGAGAUGCCUGGUAAUCGACCAGAUGUUAUUGAAUCCAUUGAUUUACAGGUUUUACAGGAAGUACGUCCUCCAUUAGUAUCCACAGACGAUGAGAUAUAUAGCACAAGUAAAGCAUUUAUAGGACCCAUUUACAAACCCCCUGAGAAAAAGAAACGUAAUGAAGGAAGGAAUGAGGCAGACGCUCUAAAUGGUAUAAAUGGCAGAGGAGGACAAAAAGAGAAACAGAAAUUUAACUCUGAAAAAUCAGAGAUAGACAAUGAAUUAUUCCAGUUUUACAAAGAAAUUGAAGAGCUUGAAAAGGAAAAAGAUGAUUUUGAGAACAAUUGUAAAGAAUCUGAACCUUCUCAGCAACAGUUGAUUCCAUUUUAUCAAGGCCAUAAUAAUGGUCUCUUAAAACCUGACGAAGAAAAGAAAGAUCUUAGUAAUAAUGUUUUUCCAUCACAUUGUGAUUAUCAACAGAAUUUGGGGAAUGAGACAGGCAAAUAUCCCUGUAAUGGACAAAUAAUACCUACAUUUUGUGACACUUCAUUUACUUCUUUCAGGCCUGAAUGGCAGGCAGUGCAUCCUUUUAUAGUGCCCCAUGGUCCCCCUCUUCCCAGUUUGAACUAUCAUUUAAAUAUUCAAAGAUUCAGUGCUCCACGAAAUCUACCAUCAAAUAUUUUCCAAGCGCAAGAUGACUCUCAGAUACAAAAUGGAUAUUAUGUAAAUAAUUGUCAUGUUAACUGGAAUUGUAUGACUUUUGAUCAGAGCAAUGAAUAUACUGACUGUAGUGAGAAUAGGAGUCGUGUUCAUCCCUCUGGAAAUGGCUGCAGUAUGCAAGAUGAGUAUGUGAGUAAUGGUUUCUGUGAAGUCAGAGAAAGAUACUGGAAAGAUCCUGGCAUGGACAAGCAUAAUGGAACAGACAGGUUUGUGAACCAGCAGUUUCAAGAGGAAAAGUUAAAUAAAUUGCAGAAGUUACUUAUUCUUUUAAGAGGUCUGCCUGGUUCUGGGAAAACAACAUUGUCUCGAAUUCUGCUUGGUCAGAAUCGGGAUGGCAUUGUGUUCAGCACUGAUGACUAUUUUCACCAUCAAGAUGGGUACAGGUAUAAUGUUAAUCAACUUGGUGAUGCCCAUGACUGGAACCAGAACAGAGCGAAACAAGCUAUCGAUCAGGGAAGAUCUCCAGUUAUAAUAGAUAACACUAAUAUACAAGCUUGGGAAAUGAAGCCAUAUGUGGAAGUGGCCAUAGGAAAAGGAUACAGAGUAGAGUUUCAUGAACCUGAAACUUGGUGGAAAUUUGAUCCUGAAGAAUUAGAAAAGAGGAAUAAACAUGGUGUGUCUCAAAAGAAGAUUGCUCAGAUGUUGGAUCGUUAUGAAUAUCAAAUGUCCAUUUCUAUUGUAAUGAAUUCAGUGGAACCAUCACACAAAAGCACACAAAGACCUCCUCCUCCACAGGGGAGACAGAGAGGAAGAGUUUUGAAGAAAACUGGGCAUAGGCUCAGCAAAACCAAACAGAAGAGGAACAGAAAAAGAAACAAAAAGCAGAACAGUCAGAAUAAAAUCAUGGAGGAAAACUCAUUAGAAUUCUUAAGUGAUCUUACACCAGGAGAUCAGGACCCAUCUCAGAGUGAAGAGGAAGACAUUGCAAAGACCAGAAGAGAAUCAGAAUAUCCUUUCAUUGGUGGUCUACAAAAUGAAGUCAGAGAUUUUGUGACUGGGUAUAAAGAAAAAAGAUGGAAAAAUAAAGAUCCUAAACACAGUUUCCAAAACGUUAUGUCUAUAGUUGAAUUGGACAACACACCAAAGAAUUACCUCUCUAAGGAAGGUGAUAACUUGUUUGUAAGUUUGUCACUGAUGCCAGAUGAAACCUCUGUUACUAGUCCAAUAGUGACUCAAAACCUUUCCUGUGUAACAACUGAUGACUGCUCUGGCAUGAAGGUAGAAAAGCAUAUUAGAGAUAGGCAUACCAUAGCAUUAGACACCCAGAACCUUGCUGCGGAAACUUCAUGCUCAUUUAUGAAGAAGAGAGAAAUAGUAGAUAAAAGUCUCCCACGUGAACCCGUUCUGUGCCAUCAACGUGGAAUCAGAGUGUCAGAUAAAGUUUUAAGAGAGGAACAAGUGUAUGCAAUUAAAAUCAGUCACUGGGUUUUUUUCACAACCAGUUUAUCUGAUGAAGAUUUACAGCUGGGCUCUGACAGACAGCCCUAUUUUGGUAGCUGGCCUGCAGGACCUCAUAAGUUUAUAUGUGAACCAAAGAAAGAUAGAGCACAUAAGUUGACUGGUCCUGACAGCAGGGGGCAAUGGAUUCAAUUGAUCUUCACUUCGGUAGCAGCAUCCGGACCAGGAAGCAGUCCAGAAAUAUUGAGAGACAAACUACUGAUAGGAAAUGAAGAUUUUUCACCUCCACCUGAAACUAUAGAUUCAUUCAUAGAAACAAACCUCUUCAGAAGCUGCUUACCUCAACUGGAUAUACCAAAGAAUGCUUUACAAUCAACAAAAAAUAAGAAAAGGAUUUUCAAUUUGGUACCAAAUUUUAACUUAUUAGGACAGAGUCAUAUCAGUGUAAAAGACAGGGAGAAAUGUGACCUGUUAACAAAAAACCAUGGACUAAAAAUUACUUUGGGAGAAGAAAAAGAUAGAAUUUCAGAAAGAAACAGUGAAGAGGAGAAUAAGCAAAAACUUAUAACCUUUGAUCAUCAUCCAUUGUGGUUUUACCUUGAUAUUAUCAAAGCUCCCCCUUUAAAUAUUGGUGGACAGCGUUAUUCUCAUUGCCUGUCAUUUAACAGACUAAGGUGCUCUGCAUCUUUAUACAAAAAUUAUAUUCCUCCUUUUGUGCUGCAUAAUAUGUCUAGUAUUUGGAAGGCAUCUUUUACAAACAAGAAACUGUUUUUGACUUUUGAAUCUCAGACAAGAGUAGGUAAUAAACUAAAUGAUGCAGGGUUUAUUUCCCCAGAAAUUUUACACAGUCAUCCUGACACUUCGUGCUCUUUGGGAAUCAGUUCUGAUUUUCACUUUUUAAAUGAAAGAUUUGAUGGAAAGCUGAAAAGAUGGGAAGAACCUAAGCAAUUACCAGCUGAGGACAACCAAGACUUAACAAGCCCUCACUGUAGUUCCCUUGGGCUACCAUUAUCACAAGGGUUUGCCUUGCAACUAGUAAAGCUUUUUGGAUCUCCAGGCGUUCCAAUGGAAUCCUUGUUGCCUGAUGACUAUGUGGUUCCUCUUGACUGGAAGACACUAAAGAUGAUCUAUUUGCAAUGGAAGAUGUCAGUGGAGAAAAGACAGAAGAAGAUGGUUGAAAAAUGAAAAUUCCUUGAACCGGACGACCGGAGUGAGCACUGGCCUGGGAGUCUGAAGACUGUGCCUUCAGACCUACUUCGUCACUUACUAGCUGGCGACUUUGGUCAAUCAUCUAGUUUUUCCGGGCCUUAUGUUCCUUAUAUGUGACUACUAAGAGGCUACUACAUUAGAGGAUUACAGAUCCUUCUGACUCUUAAUUUCCAGUGGUCAGAUUAAAAAUAGUUUGCUAAUAAUGGCUAUGUUAAAGAGCUCUGACCUUGGAGUCAGUUUAUGGCUCCACAUCCAAGCUCAGCCACUCACUAGUUUUGCUUUUCACCCAACCCCUCUAUGCCUUGGUUUCCUUUUCUGUUAAAUGGGGAUAUCUGUUCUGUUUGCCUCAGAGGGUUUUGUGAAGAUUGAAUGUGUGUGGGAGGACUUUUUAAACUUUAAAGUGCUAUAUACAUUUUAAGAGGUAUUACUUACUGCUUCCGUUGUUGGUCAGCUGAGAUAAAUCUUCGGUGUUUCCUGGAGCCUGGCUCUGGAGUGAAGAAGGUAGCUUGGCAGUUGACUUUGAGUCCUCCCGUUUCGCUGGGCAUUGGCAGUUCGGGGGGCAGAGCAGCCUUGGCAUGCCGUGGGGUGGAUUGUGUGUUUAUAGAAAAGUCUGGGACGUAAGCGAGGAAACGGGCCACAGCUCAGCGGAAGGGAGGCCGGGUGGCGAGGAUGGAAUGGUGGAGAGGCAGGCUCAGGUGUGGCCUGCCAGGAGCUGCCUUCCCCACUUUUUUGGGGGGUAGGGUGGGGAAGAAGAAAAGAGCAAAUUGUUUAAAAAUACACGUGUAUAGAAAAUAGUAAAACUGUAAGGUUAUCUGUGUAUUGUUGGAUUCUGGGAAAUUCAUGUUUUCUCUAUUCUCUGUAUUUUCCAAAUUUUCUAUAAUGAAUAUGUAUUUCUUAGAAUAAAAUUUUUUUCUUUAAAAUUUGGAGGAAAUUGCUUUCUACAAAUGUGGGUUCAUCUUUUUCUGCUUAACCUUUUUUUCUCAUUUGAUUAAACAACUAAUAAAAAAUUGUUUGAAAUUA